GACCAGCCAGCAAGAACGUGACGUCGCGCGUCGCGGAUCAGUAGUUCUUCGACUGUCGCGUGAUAAGCACGGGAAAAAAUAACGGUGGAUUCAUAUCAAUGUGAUGACAGUAUGAUACAAUAACCAACAGAAAGUAAAGUUCUUUGAUGUUUGUGAUGACGCCCGUGUUUUUCAAUCGAUAUUUCCCAGCAUCUCUCACGUCUCCGUCUAGCUGAAUCUGUGGGAGAUCACUUGGGGCUGUGACAAACACAGCUAAAUGUUUGUUAGAAAACAUGAAUUUCAUUUUCCUUCGAAAUACAGCACCUUGAAAUGUUAUCUGUGGAUGACAACUGAACAUGCUUGAGAAAAGACCAUGGACCAAGUUGGUAGUUCUUCUACUGGGAUUUGUGAUAGUGUUGUUAUUAUGGCACGAAUUGUCAACCCCUCGUUAUAUAGUAGUUCCAGCCUCCACAACAAUAUCUACACCAUACACAGUAUUGACAAAGGAUGACCCCGGCUUCACCGAAAAAGUUCUUCACGUACCGGAGAACGACUACAACCAACUGAUUGAUCUCAACUUUAAUUUUUCUAUGAUUAACUUCAUUUGCAACGAAACCAUUCCUUUACUACUACUAGUAUUAGUGCAUUCAGCGCCUUCAAACUUUGAAAAGAGGCAGACUAUAAGAGAAACAUGGGGAGAAAAGGAAGACAACGUGAAAGUAUUAUUUAUGGUUGGCAGUGUUGGUACUCAUUCCGAGCACUUACAGAAGAUGAUAGAAGCGGAAAACGUGUUGCAUAAUGACGUUAUUCAAGGCAGUUUCGCAGAUACAUACAGAAAUCUGACUUAUAAGCAUGUGAUGACUUUGAAGUAUUUCGUUUACCAUUGCCCUCAAGCCAAAUAUAUCUUGAAGACUGAUGAUGAUGUAUUUGUCAACAUGCCAACUAUGAAAAAUUUUCUUAUCUACGACUUAUCCCCUCAUGGUGCUAGGAAAGGUUUAUUUUGUACACCUAGAUAUAAUAGCUUAGUAUUAAGGUCCUAUAGAUCAAAAUGGAGGGUGUCUUUUUCGGAGUACCCUGAAAGAGUGUACCCGGCGUACUGCCCGGGUUGGGCGCUGCUCUACACGCCAGAUGUGAUAUUUGCUAUUUACAAGGAGGCUCAGAAGUCGAAUUUCUUUUGGAUAGACGACAUCCACAUUACCGGUACUCUUUUUAAGAAACUCAAUUUUACUCAUACCAAUAUUGAACCGUUGGUUUUGUCUGAGUCUAACUUAUACAAUAUUGUUUAUAGAUCUUAUAACGUAUCUCAGCCAUUUCUUUUUGGAUCGGCUAAUAUGCUAGAAAAAGAAAUAAGAAAGCUAUGGAAUUUUGUUAAAAAGCGCGAAGCGCAGAGGUUUAUAUUUAGUGAUAUUACAAAUUAACUUUAAAGGUUAAUAGAACCGAUUUUGAUUGAAAACAAUUUCAGAUAGUCUGAGGGUCAUGAAAGACUGAUCGAAAAAGACUUAAAGAAAGACUAUAUUUGGUAUAAUUAUAGGCCACCAUUACCCCAUAACCAAAUAGUCCUCAAAAUUAUUCAAUUCGCUGUAAAUUUACAUCUCUCUGGUGCUUUCUUCUUCUUAUGUCAGUGUCAUAUUAGGUCCCCUAACGUUGGCAAUUACAUUGGCCAGUUGUACACGAUAUUCUGCAAUACGUAUUCCUGUCCAAUCACGAAUGAUUUUGGGCCAUGACAUCUGCUUCCUUCCAAUUUCUCUGCACCCUCGAUUUUAUCUCUCAUGAUAAGCUGAAGGGUUCUGUACCGGUUUCUCUAAGAAUAUGCCCUAGGUAUGAAAUUUUUCUUGCUUUAAUCUUCUUCACUGCCAUCUCCGCGACGGAGGUUGGCAAUCAUCAAGGCUAUUCUGAUGUUAGAUGCUGCUGCUCUGAAUAGUUCGGUUGAUGUGCAUCCGUACCAUUCCCUGAAGUUACGCAACCACGAGAUUAGUCUCCUUCCUACACUUCUCUUGCCCUGGAUUUUCCCCUGUAUAAUCAGCUGAAGUAUGUUGUAUCUCUCCUUGCUUUAAUAGCUUUCAGUAAAUCAUAAACGAAAUUUGCUCUAUUUAAAAUAGCUUCGUUGGUUUGCAUCGCUGUAGAGGAAAUUGGGAGCAUUGUUCUAUGCAACCACAUCUCAAAGGCCUCUAGGCGAUUGAUCAUAUCAGCCUUUAGAGUCCAAGUUUCGGUGCCAUGGAAUAACACAGACCAAAUAUAGCAUUUGAUCAUUCUUUGGCGCAAUUUUAGCUUUAAGGUGUGCUUACAUUGUAAUGAUUUCAUCUUUAGAAACGUUGGCAUCAAUGUGGGAGUGAGACAGGGAGACGUACUAUCAACCAAGCUGUUCAACCUAGAUUGAAGCUAAAAAGCUUACUGAUCUACGAUUUAUCCCCUCAUGGUGCUAGGAAAGGUUUAUUUUGUACACCUAGAUAUAAUAGCUUAGUAUUAAGGUCCUAUAGAUCAAAAUGGGGGGUGUCUUUUUGGGAGUACCCUGAAAGAGUGUACCCGGCGUACUGCCCGGGUUGGGCGCUGCUCUAUACGCCAGAUGUGAUAUUUGCUAUUUACAAGUAUGGUAUCCACAUUACCGGUACUCUUUUUAAGAAACUCAAUUUUACUCAUACCAAUAUUGAACCGUUGGUUUUGUCUGAGUCUGACUUAUACAAUAUUGUUUAUAGAUCUUAUAAUGUAUCUCAUCCAUUCCUUUUUGGAUCGGCUAAUAUGCUAGAAAAAGAAAUAAGAAAGCUAUGGAAUUUUGUUAAAAAGCGCGAAGCGCAGAGGUUUAUAUUUAGUGAUAUUACAAAUUAACUUAAAAGGUUAAUAGAACAGAUUUUGAUUGAAAACAAUUUCAGAUGGUCUGAGGGUCAUGAAAGACUGAUCGAAAAAUACUUAAAGAAAGACUAUAUUUGGUAUAAUUCUAGGCCAGUAUUACCCCAUAACCAAAUAGUUUUUAAACUUAUUCAAUUCGCUGCAAAUUUAUAUUUCUCCUGUGCUUUCUCUUCUUCUUUUAGUGUCAUAUUAGGUACCACUCACGGUGGCAAUUAAUUUGACCAGUUGUACAAGGUCUUCGGUUAAUAGUUGUUCUGCACUGCGUAUUCGUGUCCAAUCGCGAAUGUUCUUGAGCCAUGACAUCUGCUUACUUUAAGUUCUCCUGCGGCCUCAAUUUUAUGUGAAGAUUUUUAUGCGCCUCCUGCGCAGUAUGCGAAGAUUUUUAUUCUUAUUGAUAGAGAAAUAAAUAUACUUUUUAAUUUCUGAUAUCAUAAUUAUGAUAGGGGAGCCCAAGCGGGGGUUUUUGCAGUUACUCGAGCGCGUCAGAUUGGCAUAUGGAGAGAAACCUGGUACCCUACAGAUGUAGCAGUACCAUAUAGUGGCUCUUAACAGGGGAGUUCGUUAAGGGGGACCUAAAAAAAAAUCUAUCCUUAAAAACUCGAAAUUGUCAGAUUAAGAUAAGGUAAGUUAAGUAAAUGCAAAAGAGUGUAUAUUUCAAAAAUCUGACGAUUUGAGCCGAACGUAAGGAAAUGGGUGAGUCCCAAAGUUUCACAAGAAAAAAGCGAAUAUUUCGCGAAAUGAAUGACAGAUCGAAAAACUAAAAAUGAUACCAAACACGACUUCCCACGGAGAGGGAAAAUAUUUCGCGAAAUGAACAUCAGAUCGAAAAAGUGUAAAAUACACUUAUUCAAUAUUUUUGAAAAAUCUAUUGAAUGGCACCAAACACGACCCCCUCAGAGGUGAGGUGGGGGAUUACUUUAAAAUCUUAAAUAGGAACCCCCAUUUUUUAUUGGAGAUUUAGAUUCCUUACGUAAAAGUAAGUAACUUUUAUUCGAAACAUUUUUUCGAAUUAUGGAUAGAUGUCGUUAUAAUCGGAAAAAAACCAUUGUUAGAAAUGGAAAAUUAAAUUAAAAAAUGGCAAGCGCCCACUAAAAUGGAAAACUUUACUUAACUUUUUUUGGUUUUAGGACCUACUCUUCACAACCCAAUAGGUCCCAUAACGCUCGAGUUACUGCACAUUUAGUAUACUUUGCUCCCCUACUUUUACCUAAAUUCUUUUUAAAUUCAGUCUGAAUAAAAUUUAACCCAAUAGAUAAACUGAAAGCAAGUAUUAUUUUAUGAUUUUGUUUGUUUUGUUUCAUUCUCUUUCCGAUAAACAAAGAUCGAAACAAAAUAUAUUUUUUCCUCUGAAAUUGUUUUACUAUAUUAAUAAAUUAUUUUUGUCAUUAAUAGUUUUAGGGGUAUUGUAUUAAAAAUUGAUUUAUUUAUUUAUAAACUUUAAGUUAAGUAUAACAUUCAUAUUUUCUCAUGAUGGAUUUCUCAUCCCCCUCAAACAUCUUUUGAAAGGUGUUAUGCCAAUUAUGGUUGUAUUAACAUAUCUUUAACAGCUGAGCCAGUACUCCAAUAUAAAUAAAAGAAUCUUCUUAAGCUGGAGUAGGAUAUGAAUGUAUAAAAUGAAAAGAAGUGAAAGUGCUUCAUGAGAAAAUGUGAUAAGAGGAAGACUAGUUUUUAAGAUGAACCACAUGAUAUUGGUAUUGUCUAGCUAUUCGGCCUCUCAGUGGAAUCAUCUUCAAAUGUGUUUUCUAAAAUUCACGCAGGAUUGAUUAAAAUACAUAUGUUCUAAAUCAGAGGUUCUCAAUCUGUGGUACAUGUACCACUAGUGGUACAUAUCAUUAUUGGCGGUGGUACACAAAACACAGAAAAAAUUAAAAUAGUAGUACUUAGUAAGUAUUGAUAAUACAAUUUAAAAAUAUAGGUGGUACCAAAAAUAAUAAAAAUAACUGUAGGUGGUACAUCACUCAAAAAGGUUGAGAACCGCUGUUCUAAAUAAAACAUUUUAAGUUGAAACAUCACAUAAUAUUAUUAUUAAAGUUAUUUACCAGCAAUUUAAUUACUGAAAUCGAAUCUUAUGAUUGUAUAUUAUAUCAAUAAUAUAGGUAUGCUAAGUCCGCAGAUAGUGUGCUACUUUUUUUAUAAACAAAAUGGCGCCAGAAAAUCGUGUUUUUUUUCAAUUUUUGCUCUGUAACUCCAAAGAUUUUAUUUUUACACCAAAAACACCCAAAAAAAAUUCACCGUAAUUAAAUUCUGCAUAGAGACGUGUUUUCCCCGAUUUAUUUCGACGAAAAUUUUCCCCGGAAAAUGCGGGUUUUUCCAACAAAAUCUUUAAUUUUGAACUAAAAUUUUAGAUAAGUAAUUGUUUAAAUAAUAAUUAAAUAACUUGGUAAUAUAAAAGCUCUUUUCUUAUAGAUUAUAAUUCCAGAAGCCAAUGGAAAUUGAAUAAACAGUUUAGCAACAAUUGAAUUGUUAAUUAAAAAAAUACGGUCACUGUAAUAACCACAAUAAUUAUGAUACAUAAGAAUAACUAUAAUUUUUGUAUAAAAAGAUACUGUACCUAUAUAAUGUACUUUACAGAAUUGAAAUUGGACUAUUUAAGUGGCCUCAGGAAUAUUUUAAAAUUAUAAACAAUUUUUUGGCUUAUAAACAAAUAGAAUAUCUCAUGAAAUAUUACAUUAAAUUAAAUCGUGAACACAGUAUUGUAAAAAAAGCGGCAGGACGCUUUCUUUAAAAGAAAACAACGUUUAGUUGUGAUGAGUGGUUCCUGAGAUACAACCGGUCAAAGUUGACCGGCACUUCAUUUUAUUAAUCUAAACUGAAGCCUAUUAAUUGUCAUUAUUUUUUUUAGGAAUACAUGGUGUAAAAUUUUAAUCUUGCGUGAAUAUUAGGAGGCACAUUUUGUUUUCUUGUGUGGCCUUAAAAGGUCGAAUCUCGAUUUGGCAACAUCGCAAACCCUACUGAUGAUGUCCUCUAUCGAGACAUAGCCUCGAGUAAAAAUAAAAUUGUGUAUUUUAAAAAUCAAAAACUUGUCUUGUUCUAUGUUUUAACUUGAUUAAGUGAUAUAAAUAUUUAUUUAGAUAGGAAUGUAUAAAAAAUUGUUGUCUGUUUGCAAAAAGAAGUCAUUGUUAUGAAUUGAAAAGUUGUAGAUAAGUUAUUGCUCAAAAUUUAUUAUCAAUAAUUUCGUGAGCAUAUAUACGAAAAAAACAUAUCUAGUAAGUACCUAAGUAUAAAAAUGAAUAUACGCUCACAGCAAAAGAUGAAACUGAAGUGAGAAGGCAGACCGAGUGUACAUACGGUCAUUGAGAAAGAUUUAGAAGAAAAAUGAGAAUACAAAAGGAAACGAAUUGAGUUAAAAAGAGAGCCAGAAGAAACAGAAAUCAGAAAGACAAAAAUAUGGCAAACCGACAAGUCAAAUAGGCAUUAAUAGAACAUAGAAGCCAGAAGUGGGACAAUUGCGUACAAGAAAUGAAGGAAGGGGGCCAAAACAUGCAAGAAAUAUGGAGGCCCCAAAUAACUUUAAGAAACUAUAGAAAACACAUUCGUCUAGUCUGUAGAAGAAUCGUCUACAGACGAUUUAGAAUCGGACAGAAUCAGAAUUGCUAUUCGGAUUCAAAGCUCAACAUUCCGGCAAACUACAAGUACUCCGACUUACAAAGUACAUAUCAGCUGGAUUCAACCAGAAUCAAUAUACAGGAUGUCCCCGAAAAUAGUGCGCUCCUUAAAGGUAGGUAUAUAUAGAAGGCAUAUAUAGAAGACAGCCUGUAGAGUCAACGGAGACAGUAGCAGCAAUGGUCACCAAAAUAACAAUCGAGGAAGUGGCUCAAGCGCUUCAAAAAAUAAAGAAAGGAAAAGCGGUAGGAGCAGAUGAUAUUCCUGGGGAAGUAUGGAGAGCAUUGGGAGAGACAGGGACAAGGUGACUAGCAGGUUUAUUUAAUAGAAUUAUGGAAGUUGGACAAAUGCCAGACGAAUGCAGAAGCAGUAUACUGGUACCUGUUUACAAAAACAAGGGAGAUAUACAACAAUGUACAAACUACAGGACUAUAAAACUGCUUAGCCACACCAUGGAAAUAUGGGAAAGAGUAAUUGAUAGACGGAUACGUGAAGAGACCGAAAUAUCCGAGAAUCAAUUUGGCUUUAUGCAGGGCAGAUCAACAACAGAUGCAAUUUUCAUUAUAAGGCAGUUGAUCGAAAAAUACAGGAGUAAAGAAACAAACGUCCAUAUGGUAUUCAUUGAUCUUGAGAAAGCAUAUGAUAAAGUUUCUCGAGAGAUUCUGUGGUGGGCAUUCAAAAUAAGAAAGGAGUCCCUGGUGAAUAUGUAAAGAUUGUGAGGGAUAUGUAUGAGGGAGUAACGACUAGCGUUAGCACAGGUGUGGGAGAGACUGAUAAAUUUCAUGUGAAAGUAGGAUUGCACCAAGGCUCUGUGCUUAGUCCGUAUUUAUUCUCAUUAGUUUUGGACCAGAUAACAGCGAAACUACAGGGUAACAUUCCAUGGUGCUUUAUGUAUGCGGAUGAUGUCGUGUUAGUAGGAAAUAGUGAAAGAGACUUAGAACAAAAACUGGAACAGUGGAGCCAGCUCUGGAGGAAAAAAGGUUUAAAACUUUGUAGGACAAAGACAGAGUAUUUGCAAUGUUCAUUUAAAGAUAUAGUUACUACAAAUAAAAUGGUAUCUUUGGAUGGUGAACUGAUUGUAAAAAGCAAUAGUUUUAAGUACCUGGGAUCGGUAUUACAGAGUAAUAGAGAAAUAGAUGGAGAUGCAUGCAGUAGAAUUAGGGCUGGAUGGAUGAAGUGGAAAGAAGCGAGUGGUGUGUUGUGUGACAGACAAAAAUCCCAAAGGGGAUUGACAUUGAUAUGACCCAAGAUAGAAUUGUGUGGAGAAAUGCAAUUAGGGAAGCCGACCCCUCAUAGGAAUAAGGCAAAGAGAAUGGUGAUGAUGUAUAGAAGGCGUAAUGCAGAGAAAAAGUCUUUAACAUUUUUUUCUCCGUUUUUAGACCGUUUGAUCCGUUUGACCAAAAAACGAAAAUACAUUUUGACAUGCAAAUUGAAGUUUGGCAACAACGCGCAACUCAAAAAUCUAAAGAUUAAAAAAGUAGGUUUGUAGGUCAGUUGCAUCUGGUAGGUAAAAUAAUGUAAAUAUCAACCAAUCCCAUAUCCAUUAUUUUGCAGGUAGGUACCUACGAUGUCAACAACCCCAAAAAUCACACUGCAAAAUAAAUAAACAACGGGUUAUUAGGUUUAAUAUCCACAGUCACAGCAAGUUCUUCUAGGCUACGUUGUCAUGUCAUUCAAAUUUAUGAAAAUAAAAAUUCACUUAUAUGGAGAACAAUGCAAUUUUUUUUUGGAAACGGUUAACUUUAGAAAAAAAUGUUACAGGGCUUUUUUGUUCUAAAUUGUGUAUUAAAUCCAUACCUUAAAGGAACGCACUAUUUUCGGGGACCCCCUGUAUAGGAGAAACCUUCCUGGAUGGAAGCAAACCCUUCGACAGAGUGUGGUAUGAAGGCUCUCAUGACAAAGUGAGAGAUUAUGGUUUACAGCCGAGCAAUGACGAAACUUAAAUCCUCGUACCUAAGCGACCAGAGGUUCAGGGUUCAUAUAGGACCAAUUCUAUCUAAACACGGUGCCUCAAAAGAUGAAGUACCACAUGGGACAGUAUUAUCACUCCUUCUAUAUAGCAUAUAUUUAUGCAGACGACACUGAAAUCGCAGCAAAACACUGGAACCUGGAUAUAAAUAUGAGAAAUCUACAGACAGUAUUGGAUACAAUAGAACAAUGGAGUAUCCAAUGGAAAAUAGCAAUAAGUUCGGUGAAGUCCCAAGCAGUUAUCAUUACAAAGAUAAGGGGUAACUCAAAAGAAUAGUAAAGAGCGCACGACAGCGCUGAGUCGAACAGCAAAAUGAAGCUAAAUACCUAGAAGUGCUAAUGUUUUAAGUCAGUCAGUUUUAAGCUAUUAUAGACGUAGCAAAAAUAAAGUUAUAGACUCACGUCUCAAUCAUAUCCAAUUGAUAAAUGCUAGAGAGCGUUUCACGUUGAGAACAGAACAUUGCGUAAAUAGGGCACUUAUUUCUUAGGGACGAUAGAAACGGGCCGAUGCCGCUUCUAUCGUAUCGAGAAUGAAUCGUAUAUCGGCAAACUAGUAGCAACACGUGCCUGAUAGGUUUGGCAACACUGAUCUGGAUAAGCCAAACGUUCUGUUCUUAACGUGAAAUAAAGUAUAGGAUCUGUUUUAAAUAGCAAUGUCAUAUUAUUGCAGACAGGUUACAACAUAUGUGAUAUUAAUAUUAGGAUUAGAUAUCAUUGAAUUGAUUUACUUGUAGCUGAUAUUCUUUUUCAUAAAUAUAUUUUAGUCAUUAACAAAA